UUAGGAGUUUGUGGGGGUAUCGGAUCGGGUAAGAGUGUGGCUUGUGAGUUGCUCGUGUCGGAACUCAAUUGUCUUGCGCACAUUGAUUCCGAUUCCAUCGCUCAUUCUGUCUACGAGCCGGGAAGCCAGGCUAUCCAAGAUGUUGUGGACACGUUCGGGCCGGAACUUUUGAUCGAAGAGACGGGAGACAUCGACCGGAAACGAUUAGGAUCUAUCGUUUUCGCGGAUUCCGAAGCGAUGAGACGACUGGAACGGAUCGUGUGGCCGCAUGUACGGACGAAAAUCUGGCACAGAAUUGAAGAGAUCAAAUCGACAGCAGGCGCAAUGCCGGACAAAAAACCCAUCAUUAUUUUAGAAGCAGCUGUUUUGCUUGAUGCUGGUUGGGAAGUGUUUCUGGAUGGAGUAUGGGUUAUUCACGUUUCAAAAGACAUGGCGCUACAACGCCUGCAGACGAACAGAGGAAUGAGCUUUGAUGAUGCGGCGAAACGGGUCGAAGCUCAG